AUGUCUGCUUCUCAACCCAUCGCCAUUCUGUCGGUCUACGACAAGACCGGUCUCCUCGACCUUGCCAAGGGUCUUCACGCUCUCGAUGUUCGUCUUCUUGGUUCUGGAGGUACCGCCAAGCUCGUCCGUGAGGCUGGUCUCCCCAUCGGAGAUGUCUCCGACAUUACAAAGGCUCCCGAGAUGCUUGGUGGUCGUGUCAAGACCCUUCACCCUGCUGUUCACGGUGGUAUCCUUGCUCAGACCAGCAAGGCUUCCGAUGUUGAGGAUCUGAAGGCGCAGAGCAUCGAGCCCAUCGAUGUAGUUGUCUGCAACCUGUACCCAUUCGAGGAGACCAUCGCUAAGGAGCCCAAGCCUACCAUCGCUCAGGCUACUGAAGAGGUCGACAUCGGUGGUGUCACACUUCUCCGUGCUGCUGCCAAAAACCACGAGCGUGUCUGGGUCCUCUCUGACCCUAAGGAUUACUCCAAGUUCCUCGACAACUACGCAAGCAAGGAUGCCGAGGCUGCCAAGGCCAACCGCAACCUGCUUGCCGUCAAGGCUUUCUCUCAGACUGCUCACUACGACGAUGCUAUUAGCAACUACUACCGUCAGCAGUACGCCAGCUUGGCUUCCAAGUCGACCGAUGUCGUCCAGCAGCUUCCUCUCCGAUACGGUGCCAACCCUCACCAGAAGCCCGCUCAGGCUUUCGUCACAUCCGGCGACAUGCCUGUCAAGGCUCUCUGCGGCUCGCCUGGUUACAUCAACUUCCUCGACUCGCUCAACGCCUGGGCUCUUGUGCGUGAGCUCGCCGAGGCUACCGGUCUUCCCGCUGCCGCCAGUUUCAAGCACGUCUCCCCCGCUGGUGCUGCCGUCGGUGUUCCCCUCACCGACCUCGAAGCCAAGGCGUUCUUCGUCGACGACCUCGGGCAGCUCUCCGGUCUCGCCACUGCCUACGCUCGUGCUCGUGGUGCCGACCGCAUGUCCUCCUUUGGUGACUUUAUCGGUCUCUCCCACCCUGUCGAUGUUCAGACUGCCAAGAUCAUCUCUCGUGAGGUGAGCGACGGUGUCAUUGCCCCCUCCUACGAGCCUGAAGCCCUCGAAAUUCUCUCCAAAAAGAAGGGCGGCAAAUACUGCGUUCUCCAGAUCGACCCUCAGUUCGAGCCAUCCGAAAUCGAGACUCGUACCGUCUACGGUGUUCAGCUCCAACAGCGUCGCAACGACCUCAAGAUCACCAAGGAUCUCUUCACCAACAUCGUCUCUGAGAACAAGGAGGUUCCUGAAAGCUCGCAGCUCGACUUGAUCGUUGCCACCCUCGCGCUCAAGUACACUCAGAGUAACUCGGUCUGCUACGCAAAGAACGGUCAGGUCAUCGGUCUCGGUGCUGGUCAACAGUCGCGUAUCCACUGCACUAGGUUGGCUGGUAGCAAGACUGACAACUUCUGGUUGCGUCAACACCCUCGUGUUCUUAGCUUGCCGUUUAAGAAGGGGACUAAGCGACCUGAAAAGUCGAACGCUAUCGAUCUCUUCGUUGAGGGUACAGAGAACCUUUCAGCAGAAGAGAAGGCCGAGUGGGAGGCAGUGUUCGAGCAGGUCCCCGCUCCUUUGAGCGCAGAAGAGCGUAAGGAGCAUGCUGACAAGCUCUCUGGUGUUGUUUGCGCAAGUGAUGCGUUCUUCCCCUUCCCCGACAAUGUUCACAGGGCAAAGAGGAGCGGUACCAGCUUCAUUGUUGCUCCUGGUGGAUCGGUUAUGGAUGAUGCCUGUGUGGCAACUGCUAACAAGUACAACAUUGUCGUUGUCAGGACCAAACUUCGUCUCUUCCACCACUAA